AGUGCGGUCGGUCGCUUGUUUCUCGACUCUCGUCUCCGCCGCAAUCCGCUCUGAUCUGCUCCACAUUGGCUGGCCAAAGCAGUCGCAAGUGGAUCGCGCCUUCGGAUCGCCUAUAUAGCCCCCGAAUUCGUGCACAUUUUCCAGCACAAACGGCCAUUGCAGGAUGGCGUUGCCUGCCGCAAUCAAAUCGCUGCCAUGUGUCGGACUCUGAAUUCGCCCCAUUGUGACCCAAUUCGAUAUGAGUCUUGGCCGUUUUACGAUUAGUGGCCAUAAGGCCUAAGUGUUUGUUUAUUUUGCUGCGCGACCGCUAAGAGCGAUUCCAAAAAUGAUUGCAUAAUUGACUUGGGGAGGGACAAUUCGCGCGAGAUUCCUUUCAAUUUGUAUUCCUAAUUCCGUUUGUGAUUCCAACUGUCCGCCAUGAAGAAGCUGCAUCUGGGGGCCAAGCACAAGGGCAAGUCCUACAAGCCCUUCAGGAAUAAGAACCGUCGGCCAACACCACCACAACCACCUUCGCAGCAAUCAUCAUCAUCAUCAUCAGCAUCGCACCAUCUGGUGGUGCUGGUGUUGCUGUUGUCGUCGCACCGGGUCGUCGGAAACAUCGGCAAGAUAUCUUCGUUCGAAGAAGACUACCGGGCUGACAGGCCCAUGGUGCAGCGCGCCUCUUCCUCGGAUGCACCCUCCGUUCAGGGUGGCCAACAUCGAGAAUCUCGAUUUGGCCUUGGAUACCCCUCCUACCAGAGUGGAUACAACAAACUAUUCACACAGGGUUCUGCCGACUCAAACUACUCACAACCGUCAUCCGAUCUGUCGCUAGACGAGGAAAAGGAAUCGCUUCGGCGAGAAAAGGAACGUCAGGCCUUAAGCCAGUUGGAUAAAGCGAGGAGCAAACCAGUGGCGUUCGCUGUGCGAACCAACGUAGCAUACGAUGGCGCCAUCGACGACGAUUCCCCGGUGCAGGGCGGCGCAGUUUCGUUCGAGAUCCGGGAGUUCCUGCACAUCAAAGAGAAGUACGACAAUAACUGGUGGAUCGGCCGGCUGGUCAAGGAGGGCUGUGAUGUGGGCUUCAUACCCAGCCCCGCUAAGCUAGACAACAUUCGCAUGCAGAACCAAACCAGACCCUCAAGACUGUAUGGCACAAAGGGCUCGUCGAGCGGGAAUCUUGGUGCGGGCGGACAAGCAGGUGCGGAGCCAUCUCGAGGUAGCACACCCCCCACACCUGGUGACGAAUCAGAUUCCAUGGGACCAGGACGACAUGGCAAGACCCCGGUGGCGUCCGCCAACAAGGAGAAGCGCAAGCCGUUCUUCAAGAAGCAGGAGACGGCCAGUCCCUACGACGUGGUGCCCUCGAUGCGCCCGGUGGUACUAGUGGGGCCCAGUCUCAAGGGCUACGAGGUGACCGACAUGAUGCAGAAGGCCCUCUUCGACUUCCUCAAGCACCGCUUCGAGGGCCGCAUCAUCAUCACGCGCGUGAUGGCCGACAUCUCGCUGGCCAAGCGUUCCAUCAUGAACAAUCCCUCGAAGCGGGCCAUCAUGGAGCGAUCCUCCAGCCGGAGCGAUUGCCUCGGCAAGGUGCAGGAGGAGAUCGAGCGCAUCUUCGAGCUGGCACGCUCGCUUCAGCUGGUCGUGCUCGAUUGUGAUACAAUCAAUCAUCCGUCACAACUAGCGAAAACUUCAUUAGCGCCAACAAUAGUGUACUUAAAGAUUAGUAGUAGUAAGGUUUUACAGCGUUUGAUCAAAUCACGUGGCAAGUCGCAGGCGAAAAACCUCUCCGUUCAAAUGGUCGCCGCCGAGAAGCUAGCCCAGUGUCCACCGGAUAUGUUCGAUGUAAUCCUAGACGAGAAUCAGCUGGAAGACGCCUGCGAGCACAUUGCCGAGUACUUGGAGACCUACUGGAAGGCCACCCACCCGGAUAUUCGAGCAGUGCCGCCCAUCGCCCGCCCCCUGCCGCAGGAGGCCUCGCCCUCCGCAGAUCCCACGCGUCUGGGUCCGACGCCGCCAGUAGAUGGCGAGGAGUUUAUCGAUGAGCAGGAUCCCAGGAUGGGCAUUUCCGGCGGAGAGCGCGAGGGAAGUCGGGAGCGCGAUCGCGAUAGCAGGGAAAGGGAGCGAGAGCGCGAGAGGGAGCGGGAUUACUGGGAUCGGGAGUUCAACCGAGAUCGCAGCUCCAAGGAUCGCGAGAGGGAUCUCGAGUGGGAGCGGGAGAGGGCUCGCGAGUGGGAGAGAGAGCGGGAACGAGAUUGGGAUAGGGAGUUCGAUUGGGACCAAGGAGGAAGCUCUUACCAGCACAGCCGCCGACAACCGACCUCGGUUCGCCAUCAGGAGCGCGGUGGAGGCGUGGGAGCCGGCGGUGGAGGCGGUAUCGGCGGCGGCGGCGUUGGCUACGAGCGGGACCGUGAGCGGGAACGAUACGAGCGGCGCGAGCGCGACCUCAUGCACUACGAUCUGAACAGCGACGAGCUGCUGGACGAGCGCAACUUCGAGUAUCCGGCAAUGCGGAGCGGUCCCAGCGGCGCCUCCCACCACGGCCACCUGUCCCGGGGCGGACGCCUGCUGGACGAUCCGGACUUUGAGCGCGAGGAGGCCCAGAUGAGGAUGAGCAGCUCCCGCUACGGACCCUCCACCCGGAUCGACGACCCCCGGGAUCUGCCGCGGGGCGCCACCGUUGUCGAUCGCGAUGAAUACAGUCCGCACAGAGGUGGUGGGAGUAGUAGGAGAAUGCUUAAUGCCAUGUCCAGACCGUUGGGCCUGCCCCGUCAAUCCUCCCUGCCCAGCAACAGAGCACCCGUGUCCUAUCUGCCACGCCAGUCCUCCCUGGGCACCCACUGGCUGUCCUCGUCGUCGCAGAGCACCCUGGAACCGGGACACCGGUCUCGCCAAGAGCUUUAUCCACUGCUGCACCAGCCGCAGUCGUAUCCCCAGGCCCGAUCACAUUACACCCACUUGUACACAGCCGCACCCCAGCAUCCCAAUCAGUCGCGUUCCCAGUCCCAAUCCCAAUCCCAGUCCCAAUCCCACGGCCACUCCCAGUAUCGAUACGCCGUGCAGGACACGUCCUUUGCCCAUCCACCAAGAACCCUGCGCGAGGAGUUUCUCAGUCCCACCAUGAGCAAGGUCGAAGCCGUCACACACGCCAUCCGCAACAAGAUCAUCGUGGAGGAGGACGAGGAGGACAUCCUGAGCACGGAUCGGUUCUAUUAAAGAGAUUUCAGUCGCCACCCCGUGUCGAUUUGGUUUGGGUAACUUUUUGGGGGGGCAUACAAGCAAAUGCAGCAGUGCCAAAACACACGACACAUUUGUAAAUGUUCCAUUCGAUGAUCAGAUCAAUUUGGUAGCCACACAAACACAAACAC